GUUAUGAAAUUCACGCAAUGGAACUUUAGUACUAACCUAGGUACAUGCUCGCGCCUCUUUGAACAUGAUUCAUUAUUUCUGCAAAUGGUAAAAAAAUUUCAGAACAAAUAAUAGGCUAUGAUAGAAUCGAAAAAAGUUUUGUUGUUUGUGUUCAUCCGUGUACUGCAGUUCACAUUCAAUUCAUCACAGAAAAUAAAUACACAAUGGCCACAGGGACGAGGCUCAAUACAAUUUUCGUACCCUACAUCGAGCCCAAUUAAUAUUAACCCCUUCAGAGCUAGACCAAUAAGAACAUCAACACCUUUGACAUUCAUAGUGAAUCGCCGUCAGCGAUGUAUUAUUGAAAAUACCGGAUCAACCUUAAUCAGUACAACUACACAACCACCUUUGGCAAAUUUUACUGGAGGUAUCUUGUAUGAUGAGACGUAUUACUUUUAUCAAGAUUAUUUCUACUGGGAUCUUGAUCUAAAAUAUGAUGCAGCCGAGAAAUUGAACGGAAUAGGAUCCCCUGUGCAAGCGGUAUCAACUUUCUAUAAUGCCAAAUAUGGCACUUUUGAGAAAGCUUUACUUAAACGAGAUGGCUUAGUUCAGAUAAUUAUUUUUAUUUACGUAGACUUUAUCUCAAAUUCCAAGUAUGGUCGGUUUGAAUCUUCUGUACGAUCUGUAAGAGAAGCUGGAACAAAAACGCGGUCCACGGAAUACUAUUCUUAUAAUUGGUACUUCACCAACUCCUUAAGGAACGACUACUACGCUUAUCCGGGGCAAUACACUUAUAUAAAAACUGGAAAAACGUAUUACAGUACUACUAAUAUUGUGAUGCCUAGAUUUCCACUUCCUACCAUAUCUUUCAAACAAUUCAACGAUACAUUUGGUUCAUUGAGAAAUAAAAAUGGGAAACGAUUCUCACACAAGCUAUCAACUGUUCCAAGUGGUCCACGACCAAUUGUUCAUGGAAAUGGAAUAAAAAUUGUAUUCGUGUAACUCGUGUUCCAUGAAGUUACUUAUUGCUGUUGAAUGAAAAAAAUUAUUGUUUGCAGUUUCAGUGAACUAUGAAAGACGUUUAUAAAUAAAAUAGGUAUAGCAUUAGUAA